GAUAGAUUCGCAUUGCAUCAACCUUCUCAUCUUGCAACUUCCUCCCAUCGUUGUACCCCCCCUCUAAUCGAAGUCGCAAUCUCUCCCUCUCCCUCUCUCCCUCUCGUCCAUUCUCUCUCUCCAAAAAAAAGAAAAAAAGAAAUCGUAACUUCACGAUCUCAUUUUCUAUCUACAACAACAAACAGAUCUGAGAUCAAAGAUUCAAAGAUUUUGAAGGUUCAAUUUUUUUAACUGAAAUUUGCAAAUAUUCAGAUCUUGAAAAAAGAGAAAGCAAAACAACAACAAAAUAAAAAACCUAAAUCGAACCAAUCCGUUUGCUUUUGCACUCUAGAUUCUUUGAAAUUUGUUGAUUCUUUCUUCAAAUCUUGUUUCUUGAUCGUGGAUUGGGUUUUACUACAUGUUUAGAUCCAGUUAAGGUUAACUAUAUUAAAAAGAAGGAAAGCCUAGAUAGAUAGCGAUGGGUAAAAAUGAGACCGCCGCCGGCGGCGGCAGUAGUGGAAUAGAAGACGUUGAGGAGGGGGAAAUAUCGGAUACAGCAUCAGUGGAAGAGAUCAGUGAAGAGGAUUUUAAUAAGCAAGAAGUUGUUAUAGUGAAUGAAACACCAUCUUCAAACAACAGCUCACAGAAAAUUUGGACGGUGAGGGAUCUGUACAAGUAUCAAGUGGGAGGUGGAUAUAUGUCUGGCUUGUAUAAUCUUGCCUGGGCACGAGCUGUUCAAAAUAAGCCAUUAAAUGAGCUGUUUGUUGAGGUUGAACUGGAUGAUAGUUCCAAGAAAUCUUCUAUAAAUAGUAGCGAAGAAGAUAAGAGAACAGUCGUGAUCGGUGAUAGUGGUGAUGAGAUGGAUGUUGUUAAAGUUAUUGAUAUUGAGAAAGAGGAGGGGGAGUUGGAGGAAGGUGAGAUUGAUUUGGAUUCGGAGCCGGUGGUGGUGCAGAGUGAGGGAAUGGUGAGUGUUGAUGUCGAAAACAGGGUGAAGUCUAUUCGUAAAGAUUUGGAGAGUGUUAGUGUGAUUGAAACUGAGAAGUCAUUUGAGGCAGUUUGUUUGAAACUGCAUAAAGUAUUGGAGAGUUUGAAGGAAUUGGUGGGGGGAAAUGAUAAUAGUUUUCCCUCAAAAGAUGGUCUUGUUCAAUUGCUUUUUAUGGCAAUUAGAGUAGUUAAUUCGGUUUUUUGCUCGAUGAAUAAAAAAUUAAAGGAGCAGAAUAAGGGCGUUUUCUCAAGGUUUUUUUCCCUUCUAAACAGCCACUAUCCUCCUUUUUUCUCUUCUGGGCAGAACAAAGAGAUAGAGCUCAUGGUUUCCUCAACGGGUUCUUAUUAUAUUUUAUCUAGUUCAAGAACGGGUGAAGAUAGAGAAACACAGGUUUCUGGUGAAGUGAAUGAGAAUCAUAACGAUUCUUUAGCGAAAACUGCAGGUUAUGAUUUGACAACUAUGAAUGAAAAGUUACCUGCUGCUGAAACUUUUGUUCAGAAUAAGCCAAACAAGUCAAUAGAAGCUCCUAAACCACCAGGUGUACCUAGUUUUAAGAGUAGGGGAGUUUUGCUUCCUUUGCUUGACCUCAAAAAAUAUCAUGACGAAGACAGUCUUCCUUCACCAACACAGGAAACGACACCUUUCCCUGUUCAAACACUAUUGGCUAUUGGGGAUGGAAUGGUUAGUUCUGGGUUGCCUGUGCCUAAGGUGGCACCUGUUGCUGAAGAGCCUAGAAUGCAUCCCUAUGAAACUGAUGCACUCAAAGCUGUUUCCAGCUAUCAACAAAAAUUCAAUCGUAAUUCGUUUUUCACAAAUGAACUUCCAAGCCCAACACCUUCGGAAGAAUCAGGCAAUGGGGAUGGUGAUACUGCUGGGGAAGUUUCUAGUUCAUCGACUGUUGUUAACUACAGAACUGUAAAUCCACCUGUUUCAGACCAAAAAAAUGCUUCUCCACCACCACCACCACCACCACCACCUCCACUUUCCCACCCUGACAGUUCUAAUAUUCAUGGAGUUGUACCCACUAGGAAUUCUGCACCAGUUAGUUCUGGGCCUAGUUCAACCAUCAAAGCAUCUGCAAAGAGCAGGGACCCUAGGCUUAGAUAUGUUAAUAUUGAUGCCAGUGCAUUGGACCACAACCAGCGAGCCUUGCCCAUGGUUAAUAACCUACCUAGAGUGGAGCCUGCUGGAGCAAUAGUGGGUUUGAAGAAACAGAAGAUAGAGGAGGAUGUUCUGGAUGGUCCCUCAUUGAAAAGGCAAAGAAAUUCGUUUGAUAAUUAUGGUGCUGUAAGGGAUAUUGAAAGUAUGACUGGAACUGGUGGCUGGUUAGAGGACACUGAUAUGGCUGAACCUCAAACCGUGAACAAAAAUCAAUGGGCAGAGAAUGUAGAACCUGGUCAAAGAAUAAAUAAUGGAUUUGUAUGUCCUUCCGGCAGUGUUAAGUCCAAUGUGAAUGGUAGUGGAAAUGCGCAGUCCCCAUUUAUGGGAAUCAGCAACAUUACUGGAAGUGAACAGGCACAAGUUACAAGUACUGCUACAACGUCCCUACCUGAUUUAUUGAAAGACAUCGCUGUGAAUCCAACAAUGUUGAUAAAUAUACUUAAAAUGGGACAGCAACAGAGAUUAGCAUUAGAUGGACAGCAGACACUUUCUGAUCCUGCAAAAAGUACAUCACAUCCUCCAAUUUCCAACUCAGUACUGGGAGCAAUUCCUACAGUGAAUGUUGCUUCCUCACAGCCCUCUGGGAUUUUGCCAAGACCUGCAGGAACUCCAGUUCCUUCUCAAAUAGCCACAUCAGAUGAGUCAGGAAAAAUUCGAAUGAAACCACGAGAUCCUCGUCGUUUUCUCCAUAAUAAUUCACUCCAGAGGGCUGGGAGCAUGGGAUCUGAACAAUUCAAAACAACAACCCUCACACCCACCACCCAGGGGACUAAAGAUGAUCAAAAUGUGCAAAAACAAGAGGGGUUAGCGGAAUUGAAGCCAACUGUGCCACCUGAUAUUUCCUUUACGUUUACAAAGAGCUUGGAAAAUAUUGCUGAUAUUUUAUCUGUUUCUCAAGCAUCGACAACUCCACCUUUCAUUUCUCAGAAUGUUGCAUCCCAACCUACGCAAACUAAGUCGGAGAGAGUGGAUGGCAAAACUGGAAUUUCAAUUUCUGACCAGAAAACUGGACCUCCUUCAUCUCCUGAAGUUGUUGCAGCAAGUUCUCAUUCACAGAACACGUGGAAAGAUGUUGAGCAUCUUUUUGAAGGCUAUGACGACCAGCAAAAAGCUGCUAUACAGAGAGAGAGGGCAAGAAGGUUGGAAGAACAGAAGAAAAUGUUUGCUGCACGCAAGCUCUGCCUUGUCUUGGAUCUUGAUCAUACUCUUCUCAACUCAGCCAAGUUUGUUGAAGUAGACCCAGUGCAUGAUGAGAUUUUGAGAAAGAAAGAAGAACAAGAUCGUGAAAAGCCAUACAGACAUAUCUUUCGCAUUCCUCAUAUGGGGAUGUGGACAAAACUGCGGCCUGGGAUCUGGAAUUUUUUAGAAAAGGCUAGUAAACUGUUUGAACUGCAUCUAUACACAAUGGGAAACAAUUUAUAUGCUACAGAGAUGGCAAAAGUGCUUGAUCCAAAAGGGGUUUUGUUUGCUGGACGAGUUAUCUCCAGAGGUGAUGAUGGAGAUCCUUUUGAUGGUGAUGAGAGGGUUCCCAAGAGCAAGGAUCUUGAAGGGGUGUUAGGUAUGGAGUCGGGUGUUGUUAUCAUAGACGAUUCAGUGAGAGUCUGGCCCCAUAACAAAUUGAACUUGAUAGUUGUAGAAAGGUAUAUUUAUUUCCCUUGUAGUAGACGUCAGUUUGGGCUUCCUGGUCCUUCUCUUUUGGAGAUUGACCAUGAUGAGAGACCAGAAGAUGGAACUUUGGCAUGCUCUUUGGCGGUUAUUGAGAAAAUACAUCAGAACUUUUUUACCCAUCGUUCACUAGAUGAAGCAGAUGUUAGGAAUAUCCUUGCCUCAGAGCAGAGGAAGAUUUUAGGUGGCUGUCGCAUACUAUUUAGUAGGGUGUUCCCGGUUGGUGAAGUCAACCCCCACCUUCAUCCAUUGUGGCAGAUGGCAGAACAGUUUGGUGCUGUCUGCACCAACCAGAUAGACGAACAGGUUACUCAUGUUGUUGCCAAUUCCCUUGGGACAGAUAAGGUAAAUUGGGCUCUUUCCACGGGAAGAAUUGUUGUCCAUCCUGGCUGGGUGGAAGCAUCGGCUUUGCUUUAUCGAAGAGCAAAUGAGCAAGAUUUUGCCAUUAAACCAUAACAAUCACCAACCUAACCCCAUCUAGUAAAAACUAAGACCUGACAAACAUGAAAUCAAGAUUUCUAUUAAAGAGAAGUAUUGCCGGGUUGUGAUGGAGAAGUUUCACUCUAGACCGGAGACUGCUUGACAUAGUUUUGACUUCCGGGGCAUGCUAACCACCCGUUUUGUUGCUAAUAACCUGAAGAGUUCAAAUGGGAAAUGACCGAGGGUCGUUGACCUUCAUGAACUGUGGUGGCGGGGAACGUAGUCUACCCUUGGGGCCAAGCCACGAAAAUUGGCUUAGCAAGUGCUUCCCCGUUUAAAAAGUCUCUUGGGUAACAUGGACGAUCAUCGAAUAUAAGGUCAGGAGAGCCAAAAUUUAAAAUUAACAAAGAAAAUGACAGCUAAAGAGUGAUUAACCUGAGCAACUCUUCAGACAUGCUAUUGGAAGAAAUCAUUGACAGCUAAAAGGGGGAAGAGGGGGAACUGGAGCUGUAAGGGAUUAAACGAUAAAUGAGGUGGUGGAAACGCGUGCUGCUAGUGCUAUGUUUGUUUAGAAAGGAGAUGUGUUUUUUUAACAGUUGCCGAUACGAAAUUCCAAGUGGGCAGUAGUUUCAGUGCCAUUUAGCACAUAUGGCUCGUAAAUCUUCCACAUUUGGAGUUGGCAAGAUGUGUGCGGUGCCGAUGCUUGCCUUGCGGAAGCAGCCUCUACACCUUUUCCUUGUUGUUUCUUUGAUUGCUUUCCAAAUGCCUACUUGAUGUAACUCGAGGUGAAAAAAAAAAAAGGGAGUGGUAGCCCAAUGUAUUAUUGAAGUGCACACGGCUGAUAGUAAUUAAGAGCAUAACAAUUUAAGGUAGAA